CCAAGUUGCUUUUGGCCCUUGGCAACAUAUAUUUAAACACAUUGCAAAAUCAAUAUGAACUAGUCUCCCAAAAUAAAUAUCAUGAUUUUAUUUUGGAAAGUAAUUAUACUUGUUUCUCUUUUUUGUCUAUGGCUAUGGAGAAACAUGAAGAAAGUAAAGAGAUUGCCUCCAGGUCCAAUAGGGUUACCAAUUUUGGGUAGCCUUCUAAAGUUAGGGUCAAACCCUCAUCGUGAUUUACAUCAACUAUCCCAAAAAUAUGGUCCCAUCAUGCACAUGCGUUUAGGUUUAAUACCCACAAUAGUUGUUUCUUCACCUCAAGCAGCUAAACAUUUUCUCAAGACCCAUGAUCUUGUCUUUGCAAGUAGACCAUAUGUGGAGGCAGCAAAAUACAUUUUUUGGGAGCAAAAGGACGUGGCUUUUUGUGAAUAUGGUUCUUAUUGGCGUAACAUGCGUAAGAUGUGUACAUUAGAGUUGAUGAGUCAAUCAAAAAUUAACUCUUUUAGAAGCAUGAGAGAAGAAGAGGUUGACAUAUUGAUCAAGUUUCUAAGAGAAGCAUCUAAUGAUGGAACAAAGGUUGAUAUAAGUGCAAAGGUUUCUACACUCAUGGUUGAUAUGACUUGUAGAAUGGUUGUUGGGAAGAAGUAUAUGGAUAAGGAGUUAGAUGAGAAGGGAUUCAAGCUUAUGAUGGAUGAGGCAAUGAAUUUAUUAGGAACUCCUAACAUUGGUGAUUAUAUUCCUUACAUUGGAUUACUUGAUCUUCAAGGCUUAACAAAACGCAUGAAAGUAAUUUCUAAAAUCUUUGAUGAUUUUUUUGAUAAAAUUAUUGAAGAGCAUAUCAAAUCUAAUGAUAAAGAUGGUGAGCCCAUGGAUUUUGUAGAUGUUUUGUUGGGCUUUCUUGGUACGGAAGAAUAUGAUUACCGUAUUGAACGGUCCAAUAUCAAAGCUAUAAUGAUGGAUAUUUUUAUAGCUUCAACAGAUACAUCUUCAACAACAAUUGAGUGGACAAUUUCCGAGCUAUUAAAGAAUCCAAGAGUGAUGAAAAAAGUGCAAAAGGAGUUAGAAAGUGUGGUGGGUCUAAAGAGAAAGGUGGAGGAAUCAGAUUUAGACAAGUUGGAGUAUUUGGACAUGGUAAUAAAGGAAAGUUUUAGGAUCCAUCCAGCGGGACCCCUAUUAAUUCCACACCAAUCCUUAGAAGAUUGUAUGGUUGAAGACUUUUUUAUACCAAAAAAUUCAAGGGUCAUAGUGAAUGCAUGGUCAAUAAUGCGAGACAAGAUGGCUUGGUCUGAUCCAGAGAAGUUUUGGCCAGAGAGAUUUGAAGGAAGCAACAUAGAUGCUAAAGGGUCUUAUUUUGAGCUCAUACCAUUUGGUUCUGGUAGAAGGGGAUGUCCUGGAUUGAAAUUGGGUCUAACUAUAGUGCGUUUGGUCGUGGCUCAACUAGUGCAUUGCUUUGAUUUUAAAUUACCGGAUAAUAUUUUAUCAUAUGAUUUGGAUAUGACAGAAAAAUUUGGACUAAAUUUAAUUAGAGCCAAUCAUCUACUUGUCAUUCCAACUUAUCGUCUUUGUAGUGAAUAGUCAAUAGGGUAAAAGACAAAUAUAUUAGUUGGCAUGGCAAUUUAUGUUUCAAUAUAGCAUUAAAUAAAAAAUAACAUAGAAUAUAUUUUACAUAUAUUAGUAUAUGUGUGUGAUCUAUGUUAUGCUCAACAUUACAAAAUCUCCACUAGUGAUGCCUUUUUGCAGCCUUUGUAAUUGUGCAGCUGAAUACAUCACUCAUUUGUUCUUAAA